AUGGGUGCAAAUAAGUGCACUAACACUCUCAGCCAGGUUGGUAAUCUUGUUUUAGUGCUUUUACUCAAGCUUGUGAAACAUCUCCUGUUAACUGCCUUCCAUGUGCUUCACAAUCUCCUCCUGCCAAUUGAGCCGGCUGAAAUGGAAACGUUUAGCUCAGUACUUGUGGAAAUAGGCAAGUGUUUGUGGAUUCCUAUUAAGAAACACGGGGGCUAUCUUACUCAUUUCCACGGCAAUGCUACAGAUUUGAAAGAAAAAGCAGACAAUCUUGAGGCGAGGAGAAAUGAUAAGAAAAAAGAGGUAAGCAUGGGAUGUUCCAUUGGAGAAAUAGAAACCCAAGAAGUCGCAUUGUGGCUGAGUCGAGCUUCUGACUACAUAGAAGAAGCAAAAUAUCUAGAGCGGAGAGUGGGAGAAAACAAGAGAUGGCUAUGCUGUCCAAAUCUGAGCUGGCGCUAUAGAAUAAGGAAGCAAGUAAAAGAGACGGCAGAGGUCAUUGCUAAGCACCAUGAGCAAGGGAAAUUUGAUAGGGUGACAAUGGCACCGCUUAUCCCAUCAGUCGUAAACCAGCGAAAUCUAUUGAACAAGGAUCUAGCAUUGGAAGAAUCGGUUGAAAAUAUAGUCAUAAGAGAGACCACCCCACCAGUUGUAAAAUAUACAGCUCAACUGACAGAGGAUCUACCAUCAGUAAAGCUAGCAAUGAAGAAAGUAAUGGCUGCUUUAGAUGAUAAAAAAACCAAAAUAAUUGGUGUGUGGGGCAUGGCAGGAAUUGGUAAAACUACCCUUGUGAAAAUUUUGAACAAUCGAAUGUAUGGGACGCAACAUUUUAAUAAAGUCAUAAUGUUAACUGUCCCUAAAGAGGGGGACCUAAUCAAACGGGUCCAGGACAACAUUGCAAAUAGAUUGGGGUUCACUCUAAGGAAUGAAUACUUGCGCACAAGUAAGCUAAGGGAUGCAUUGAAGGAGGAGAAGAAGUUCCUUAUCAUCUUGGAUGAUUUAUGGGAACAUCUUGACUUGGACGAUGUAGGAAUUCCCCGUGACGAUGACCUUGAAGAUUGUAAGAUCAUACUCACCACAAGAAAUGUAGCUGUUUGCAGGAAAAUGGGAACCGAUGUUAACAUCAAAGUAGAAGCUCUCUUGAAUGAUGAAUCAUGGAAACUGUUCAGAGAGAAAGCGGGUGAUGUUGUUGAUGACCCUACUGUGCAUACGACAGCAAAGGAUGUUCUCAAAGAAUGCGGUGGCCUUCCUCUAGCGAUUACAACACUUGGAAGGGCACUAAGGGGUAUAACAGAACUUGAUGUGUGGGAAAAUACACUGGAACAGCUGAAGAAGGCUUCACCAAGCGACAUCGAAGACAUGGAGGACAAAGUGUAUAGGCCUAUCAAAUUAAGCAUCGACUCUUUGCGAUCUGAGUUGAGACCGGGCUUCUUCUUUUGCUGCUUGUUUCCUGAAGGCUGUAUUAUUGAUGUCGAUUUGAUCAUCAGAUAUUGGAAGGGCGAAGGCUUUCUUGAUGAUGUUGGAAGUUUAGAUGAAACAUUUAAGAGAGGGCGCUCUUGGGUUGAAGAAAUAAAAUCUUCCUGCUUGUUAUUAGAUUGGGGGAAAGGGCAUGUGAAGAUGCACGACAUAGUUAGGGAUGUGGCCAUUUGGAUUGCAUCAAGAGAUCAUGAGUAUAGAUCUUUGGUGAGGGCUGGAUUGGAAUUGAAGGAUUUGUCCCAAGUGCAGAAGUGGCAUGGAUACAAGAGGAUUUCUCUCAUGAAUAGUGGUAUCACGGAACUGCCAAAAGGUGCAUAUUGCACUCAACUGCUAACAUUGAUGAUGCAAAAAAAUGAGGGCUUGAACGAAAUACCAGACUGGUUUUUUGAAAAGACAAAAGCCCUUCGAGUUUUGGAUCUAAGUAACACUGCUAUUAGCAAUCUACCAUCAUCCCUGUCAAAGCAGAUGACACUACGGGUGCUUUGUCUAAGAAGUUGCAAGUUUGUGACAAAGAGAUCCCUAGCCGGAAUUGAGGGACUUAAGCAGCUUGAAAUCCUCGAUCUUUCUCAUAACAUUUUAUUACAAGAGUUGCCGAAAGAAAUUAGAGAACUGGUAAAACUACGGAGCUUGAACUUGAAUCAUACGCAAAAACUCAGAAUCAUACACCACGAGGUUAUAUCCAGGUUGACUAGCUUGGAGGAACUAAAGAUGAAGAACAGCUUCAGAUGGUCAGGGAUCCAAGAAGAUGCAAGCAACAGCAGUGGCAAGAACAAGGCUACCUUGGCUGAGGUGUUAUCCUUGACAAAGUUAUCUUGUUUAUUCCUCGAAAUUGAGUAUCAGAAGCCUUUCCCCGCGGAGUACAAUGUUCAGCUCCAACGUUGGCCAGAUAAGAAAUUUAACCUUCACAUACACCAGCCAUCAUAUCCACUAGAUUAUGACCGCACCACUAGCAAGAUAGACAUUGAAGGUUGUGGAUCGUUGGUGGGAUGGGUACGGAAGCUUUGUCCACAUCCCACAAUCUUAAAACUAGCCUCAUGCAAUGGACCAAGAACCCUCGGUAGGGGCGGAGGACUCGAAAGUUUGCAAUCUCUCUCAAUAUACAGCUGCAAUGACAUGGAAUGUGUUUUGCAAAUGGAAGAGGCCACAGCUACAUGCCUUGAGAACCUAAGGCAUUUGGAUGUUUCCUCUUGUCCUAAACUGAAUCAUCUAGUCCCAUACUUUCUAUUACAAAGAAUGGCGAAUCUAACGAAUGCCAAGGUGCAGCAAUGUGAAGGAAUGGAGCAUGUAAUUGGUGGACUACCCGAAAUGGUGCUACCAGACGAUGACAUGCUCCCCAAUCUCCAAACCAUGAUACUUGAUACUCUACCAAAAAUGAAGAGUAUUUGGGAAAUAAAGUUGGUGUUAGCACUCCCAAACCUUACUUCUUUGGAGCUUUAUGAGUGUCAUGGCUUGAAGAAGAGUGUUUUAUCAUCAGUACAGAUAAAAACCGGGCUCCCCAAUCUUGUGGAGCUCACCAUACAUGAUUGCUGUGGUGUAGAGGAGAUAAUAUCAGAGGUGGUGGAUAAUGAGGGUCUCUUUCCUGAACUCCGAGUGCUGAUAUUAAGCCACCUGCCAAAAUUGGUGCGUAUAUGUGGAGGAAGAGGAGGAGAGGCGGCUUCCCCAUUGCAACUAGAAUGGCAUUCAUUGGAAAAGAUUAAAGUGCAUCAGUGUCCCAAGCUUAAGAAGCUAUUGCCUCUACAAGGCGGGUCCCUAGCUGUGCAGUCGCUGGAAGAGAUUGUGGGAGACAGAGAGUGGUGGGAAGGCUUAGAUUGGGAUGCAGACAACACCAUCAAGUCCCAUUUCCAAUGCCUGUUUACAGAGCUAAGAGUCGGAUCGAAUCAACAGAAGAGAGGUUGGUGGAGAACUUGAACCGGAUUGAGAAGGGGGAAGGGUUGGAUUGGAAUGGAGAUGCCACCAUAUCAAGUCCCAUUUCCAACCUUUGUUUAGAGCAUGGUAAUGUGUUUGGAGUAAUGCUCCAUGCUCUCAGAGCGCACUGUAAGUUAUAAUGCUACUUAGACAGUCCAACACACAUAAGGGUACUGUGCAAACAUCACAACAUUCCAAGAAAUGUUAAUCAUUUGACUAU